AUGGCAAAAACAUUUGAUACGCCAGAAAAAGUGGUAAAACGGGAGUCGACUGGUGUGUACCGGUACGUACCGGCCCGUUACCUAUUCAUCAUGCUCAGUUUCUUUGGCUUUGUAUUGGCCUACGCAUACAAAGUAGUGCUAAGUGUGGCCAUCGUGUCGAUGGUGGGCCACACGGACACCGACUCCCAGACCAAAUCAAGCGACACAUGUUUUGUAUCCACGGGCAACGCAACCCAAACCCCCGGUGCAACCACACCAGCACCGGGCGAGUUCAGCGACUGGGACUCUGAUACCCAGGCCGUCAUAUUGGGUGCAUUUUUCUACGGCUAUGUCGUGACCCAAUUGCCGGCCGGAGUGCUCGCCGAGCGAUACGGCGGUAAAUGGCUGUUUGGCGGCGCUAUAGUCACGGCAGCAGUACUAUCACUGAUGGGACCGGUGGCCGCCCGACUCGGCUACACGGCAUUCAUUGCCACCCGCAUAGGCCAGGGGUUAGCCGAGGGGGCGAUGUUUCCCUGUAUGAAUGCAAUGUUAUCCCGAUGGAUGCCCAAGAUGGAGCGCUCCCGGGGCACUACCAUGAUAUACACGGGAGCACCAAUGGGCACAGUGAUUACACUACCCCUGGCCGGUGUGUUGUGCGAUAGUAACUUUCUAGGCGGCUGGCCAUCAGUGUUUUACGUGCUCGGAGUGGCCGGCUGUUUGUGGUUUGUGUUGUGGGCGCUGUUAAUUCACGAGACACCCGAAGCGCAUCCCUAUAUAUCCCAAGAGGAAUACGAUUAUAUUGUGGCGGAUCAGCCCCGGGACAGAUCACAAACGAAACGUAUGACUCCCUGGCGAGAGAUACUCACAUCAGUUCCCGUCUAUGCCUUAAUUAUAACACAUUUUGGUCAGAAUUGGGGUUUUCUCACAAUACUUACACUAUUGCCCACGUAUUUCGAGAAAGUGCUAAACCUUAACAUUAAAAGUAAUGGACUCAUGUCUUCGUUGCCAUACCUGUUACAGGCGGUGAUCGCGUGGACCGCAUCAUUCAUUAGCGAUAAUCUGCGCCAAAGGGGCACUAUUAGGAUCAAUGUCAUACGUAAAACUAAUAAUACCAUAGCAUUCAUAGGACCGGCCGUAUGCCUAGCGGCUGUGGCUUUAGCAAGGUGCAAUACAACCCUGAGCAUCGCCCUAUUUGUGUUAGGUAUGGGUCUUAAUGGUUGCAAUUAUCCCGGUUUUAACUCAACACACGUGGAUAUGGCGCCCAAUUAUGCGGGCACUCUUAUGGGUCUGACCAAUAGUAUUGGCAAUAUUCCCGGUUUUGUGGCACCGAUGGUCGCCGCGGCCUUUUAUGAUGAUGGGCAAACACUGACGAACUGGUCGUAUGUGUUCUACAUAUCAUCGGCCGUAUAUAUCGUCACAUCCAUUGUCUAUGUAUUGUUCGCAUCGGCAGAGUUGCAGAGUUGGGGCGUCUCUACCACUCCGGAGACCAUACAUCUGAAUGACACCAAAACAAACAACAAUGUCGUCUAUACUGUCGAUUGUAUAGUUGAAUAA